AUAACUAGAAUCAUUACAUAGUCUUUACAGUCUUCUCAUCUUAAUUCCCUUCUCUACCUUCCCAUUGAAUCCUAAAUCUCACCGCCAUGGCCAGAGUGGAAGGAGCGAUCAUAUGCCUGCUGAUCCUUGCCAUAGACGUAGCUGCUGGUGUGCUCGGAAUAGAAGCAGAGAUGGUUCAAAACAAGGGGAGGCAUCUGAGGGUGUUCUUCAUUGAGUGCAAAGAGCCCGUCCAUCAGGCCUACAAGCUCGGCAUUGCUGCUGCUGCACUCCUUGCCCUGUCUCAUGCUGUUGCCAACGUCCUUGGCGGCUGCCCCUGCAUCUGCUCCAGGGACCAGUGGGACAACUCCAUGCCCAACAAGCAGAUGGCUUCCGUCACCCUAAUCUUUUCAUGGAUCGUUGCUAUAGUGGGAUUCACCAUGCUGAUGAUAGGAGCAAUGUCCAACUCAAAGUCGAGAGUGAGGUGUGGCUUGGUUCGUCGCCAUUUCUUGUCGAUUGGGGGGAUCUUGUGCUUUGUGCAUGCUCUAUUUUGCAUGGUUUAUUAUGUUUCUGCGCAUGCUAGUGUCAAGGAAGAAGGUAAGGCUCAAAGGAACAUCAGAUCUCAUGGACUGCAAGCCUAAUUAACUACGUAUGGCUCCAGGUUCGAAAUUUUAGGAAGAACACAACAUGAGAUAGUAGAAGAAAAGAUUAAGCUUUUACUUUGUUUUUCGUGAUCGGAUUGUAUAAAGCUUCAAGCAACUCUUCCUUUU